AAAGCUUCUAGCACACAAGCAGGCAACUGACAUAUAUUAUUCAUAGCCACAAUGAUACCUUGGGAGGGUUUGAUUCCAUAUGGUCUUAUCUUAAGUUUUUUUGCACUUGCCGGUGGUGGUAUGAAUGCAAUCACCAUUUCAUCUCUGACACGUAAUGCACAAGGUCCAAACCACGAGUCCAACUAUUCUGUUCCAACUGAAGAAAAGGAUUGGGUUAGACCGAGAACAAAGACUGAUCAAUGGGAUAAAUAUCUAGCAGUUCGUGAUUUGAGACUAACUGGUAAUUUCAGAGGUCAAAAGGCAGAGCCUGAAGCUGAGGAAGCUUUCGAAACAAACUCCGUUGUCUUUGCUUCUAACACAUUGAAGCCAUGGGUUUUGAGAAAGCACAUCAUCAUGAAGAACUCUCCUUCGAAAUGGAUGAAGAAGUACAACUCGGAAAGAGAACAACAAUGGGAAGCUGUGAAGGAAAACUACUUGAGAAGUAUGCAAAAAUAAUUGCAUUCCUGACAUCAAUCCCAUCAUUGUUUUCUAGUUCUACAACUCUUAUUUAAAUUCAUCUAUUAUUUAUUCAAUUUUUAUAUGUUUUUAUCGAUUUCUCAUUAUUAUUCUUAAUACAUAUCUCUGCAAAAUUCGAUGGCCUGUUUAUAAGCAUUUUUCCAGGGCAGUCUACGUCCUAAAUUUAUUCUAUGGCUAAAUCGAUAAGAUGUAUAUGCUAAAAACGCUUGUUUUUAUAGAAAUUCCCAAAACAAU